UAGUACGCACCAGAAUUAGAAACCUCAGUGUCUCUCUCUCUCACACAACUUCUCCAUUAUUUCGAAGUUUCAAAUUUUCAACCCCAAACCGAAAAAAAAGUCCCCUGUGAUACUCCGCUUCGCGGUCGAUGGACGCGCCCCCGAUCUACGCUCUCCCGCAAGACACGCUUCAACAGAUUUUCUCCUCUCUCCCUCUUCGUCAAAUCGUCGUCUGCCGAUCCGUCUGCAAACUCUUCAAUCAAAUCCUGACGUCACCAUCAUUCAUACACCACAUCUCCACACAAAACCCUCCCCUCUCUCUCCUCGCUCUCCGUCCCCCGCACCACCACCGCCACCACCACCACGUGUCCCAUUCUGUUACCUCCGGCCUCCACGUUUUCGAUCCCAACCAGAACCAAUGGCUCAGAUUCGAUCUCAGCUUUCUCCCUUUCAGAUCGCUACAGCCUGUGGCUUCCUCGCAAGGACUCCUUUAUGUCUGGGGUGACUCACCCGGCUCACCCGAGUCGAACAAAUCUCUCAUAGCUUGUAAUCCCUUGACUCGCCAAUUUAAGGUUCUGCCGCAGUUAGGUUCAGCCUGGUCAAAACACGGAUCAGUUCUGGUUGACUCGGUGAACCGAGUUAUGGUGCUCACUGAACUCGCCGCGUUGUUUUAUUCCAACUCAGUUCAUUAUUGGCUAAAGUUCUCCUCGAAUCUUCCGUCCAAACCGCGAAGUCCGGUUAUGAUGUCGGACUCUGUGUACGCGUUGUGCGACGUCGGAUCACCAUGGAGAAGUCAAUGGAAACUAUUCACAUGUAAGUUAUCGACCUUAACGAAUUCGCAACAGUUUUGGUAUUGUUUAGAGAAGCACGAGUGGGGAGACGUGUUUGAUAUAUUGAAACGGCCGCGUUUAGUUCGCGGAAUUGGGAAUAGGGUUUUGAUGAUCGGAGGAUUGAAAUCGUCGUAUUCGUUGAACUCGUCGUGUUCGACGAUAAUUAUACUGAGAUUGGACUUGGAUUUGCUGGAAUGGGAGGAAGCAGGGAGAAUGCCGGGGGCGAUGUAUAAGUUUUUUCAAGAAUCGAGUAAGUUUAAGGUGUUUGGAAUAGGGGAUAGGGUUUGUUUUUCGGCCAAGAGAGUUGGAAAAUUGGCGCUCUGGGAAUGUGGGAGAGGAGGAGGAGGCGGAGGAGACUGGAGAUGGAUUGAUGGACUGGCAGCAAGCGGAGAUGGGCCGAGUCGAGGAUUUGUGUUGGAAGCAAGGCUCAAUGCGGUGCCUUGAGGUGGUUUAUAAUUUCUGGAGUUACCAUCUUGCUAUAUGCAGAGGCAAUUGAAGCUUAUCCCAUAGCUUCUUCUCUCCCCACCCAACUGGAAGCUUUCUCAGGCAACAGAAAUUCCGAGCCCCAUGAUCUCCUUAUCAAACAAAAUCUUAAUCCUACACUUCGGCCAGGAUCAAGAUUGAUGUUAGAUUGAAUCAGAGAUUAAACUCAAAUCUCUACCGAACCAAUGAUGUAUAUGACACUUAAAUCGCGGAGCUCUUCUCCUACUAAAACUUGGGGGCAGCUUAAAGCUGGUGGGCGAUAAUAUUGGCGAAAUCAAUUCCUUCAAUGAUGCAAAAUCAAUAAAAUGAACAUCGAGAGGAUUGCUUGUUUUACGGUAAACUAUUCAAUGCAAAAUUUAUUUAUGAAGGGAUCUGUUGGACAGCCCAGAUGCAUGAUUGAAGCUUCAACAGUUUUUUC